ACUCCCCCAAAUCUCCGACAUUCCUUUCCUGGGAAUCGCUGCAGGCAGAGGAGCCAACGAGAGUUUGUCCACGUCCGCAUCGCACAUCCACAUCCACAAGGCCCCAGCUGCAGCUCGCAAGUCCAUCUUUGUUUCUUAAAAGAGUUUUUGAUUGUUGCAAAAAUGUUUGCGUGUUGCAUCGCCUCCUCCUCCUUCCUCCUGCUGCUGCUUUUCUCCGCGGCGAAGUGCAACCCCAGUCCGGUGGGAGAUGUAGUCGUGGACGCACACUUCAUCCCCCCACACUGCACACGACUCGCCAAAAAUGGAGAUCAGGUUCGGUACCAUUACAACGCCACUUUUGUCGAAGGGAAACCCUUCGAUUCGAGCCACCAGCGAGGAGCCGCUAAGGUGGGCCUCCUCGGGGCGGGUCGCCUCAUCGCCGGCUUAGAGAAAGGUAUUCUGGGCAUGUGUGUCAACGAGCGGAGGACCGUCACCGUGCCGCCUCACCUGGCUUAUGGCAGCGAGGGCGCAGGUGACGUGGUCCCCCCUGACACCACGCUGGUGUUCCACAUCCACCUCUUGGACUUGUGGAACCAAGCAGAUCUGGUGGUGACCAAAACUAUCACCACCCCCAAGGACUGCAAGCGCUCGGUGAUGCGCACCGACUUUGUGCGUUAUCACUACAACGGCACCCUGCUGGACGGCACCACCUUUGACUCCAGCUUCGUCAGGAAGCAGACCCGCGACUCGCUGGUGGGCGAGGGCUGGCUGAUUAAGGGCAUGGAUGAGGGCCUGCUGGGCAUGUGUGUGGGGGAGAUCAGGAACAUUGUCAUCCCGCCCUUUAAGGCAUACGGAGAAAAAGGCUCAGGAACGGAGAUCCCCCCCCAGGCCACGCUGGUGUUUGACGUCCUGCUGGUGGACGUUCACAACCCCAAAGACAACAUCACCAUUGAGAAGCAGGAAGUGCCCGAGUCGUGCACGCGCAAGACCAUCGCAGGGGAUUACAUCCGCUACCACUACAAUGGGAGCUUCCUGAAUGGCGUGACCUUCGACACCAGCUACCAGAGGAACAGCACGUACAACACCUACAUCGGGAUGGGCUACGUGAUAGCAGGCAUGGACCAGGCGCUGCUGGGGGUCUGCAUGGGCGAGCGUAGGACUGUGGUCAUCCCGCCACACCUGGCGUACGGAGAAGGUGGAGCAGGUAACGUAAUCCCGCCGUCCGCCGUGCUGCUCUUUGACCUCCACAUCAUCGACUUCCACAACCCGAGCGACAAAGUGGACAUCCAGAUCCUUCACAAACCCGACGUUUGCAAUGAAACCACGGCCACCAACGACCUGGUCCGCUACCACUACAACUGCACCCUGGUGGACGGCACACGACUCUUCUCCUCACACGACUACAAGACCUUGCAGGAUGCGGUCCUGGGCUCGGACAAGGUGAUUGACGGUCUGGACGAGGGUCUGCACGGCAUGUGCAUUGGGGAAAGGAGGCUGGUGACAGUUCCCCCUCACUUGGGCCACGGAGAAAAAGGAGCCACCGGCGUGCCCGGCAGCGCCGUGCUGGUCUUUGACGUGGAAAUGGCAAGCUUCGAGAAGGGCGUGCCGCCUGGUUACCUGUUUGUGUGGCUGGAUGACACGCCCACUGAACUCUUCCAGGCGCUGGACAUCAACAAGGACGGAGAAGUCCCCGAAGAGGAGUUUGGCGAGUUUAUCAAGCUCCAGGUAUUGGAAGGCAAAGGGCGCAUGAAGCCUGGAAUGACGGCCGACGAAGUCAUCGUCGACAUGUUCUCCAACCAGGACCGCAACAAAGACGGACGCAUUACAGCAGACGAGCUCAAGCUUAAGGUGGACGAGGACAAAGAGCGGGAACAGGCUGAGCACGACGAGUUGUGAUGCACGCGAUGAGCCUUCCUUGUCUCAGGGACAAAAAGUCAACACUUAAAGGACACAAACUGUUUUAAUAUAUAUGUGUAACUUUAGCUGGAAGUGAAUGGAUCUGUUGUAAUUUUUAGGACUAAACAAAGCAUCCUUAUUUGAAACAUGGUCAACAAAAAAAACACAACGUCACAAAAGGAGAAUCGAUGCAAGACCAGUACCAUUGGGAGUCAUUACACGACCAGCACCAAUGUCCUAUGAAAAAAUGUGUAUUGCCAAUUGUGUUUAAAAAAAUAAACAUUUUAGGUGCACUUUGAA